CAAUAAUUUGGUUUGGUUUCGAAGUGAACAUUGCUGGUCGAUUCGCUAAUUUUGCUAGCUAUACAUCGGUUGGAUGUGAGGGUAUAAAAAGCAAAAAGAAACUUUUGACCCCAAACCCGAACGUAAACAAAAAAAUCAGAUCCAUCCAUCAUCCACCCAAAAGGGUUUGAGACCACCUUCCCAGUGAUUCCUAAACUCCACAAUUCGAUUCCCGAUCUGAUGGCAGAGAUGGCGAACAUGGAUCCCGAAGGCAUGGACGGAGUUCGCAUGACCUGGAACGUCUGGCCUCGCACCAAGGUCGAAGCCAGCAAGUGCGUGAUCCCACUCGCCGCCUCAAUCUCCCCGAUCCGUCGCCACUCCGAGAUCCCUUCUCUCCCUUACGCUCCCCUCAAAUGCCGAACCUGCGUCGCCGUCCUCAACGCCUUUGCCCGCGUCGAUUUCGCCGCCAAGAUCUGGAUCUGCCCUUUCUGCUUCCAGAGGAACCCUUUCCCUCCUCACUACCACAUGAUCUCCGAGACCAAUCUCCCCGGCGAGCUUUACCCUCAGUACACUACCGUUGAGUACGCGCUUCCUUCCACCGCCGGUCAGUUCGAUCCCAGAACCGGCGCUGCUCCGCCUCAGACGCCUCCUCCUGUGUUCGUGUUUGUUCUCGACACGUGUAUGAUCGAGGAGGAGUUGGGGUUCGCUAAAUCCGCGCUUAAGCAGGCGAUCGGGUUGCUUCCGGAGAAUGCUUUGGUGGGGUUUGUGUCUUUUGGUACGCAGGCCCAUGUUCAUGAGCUGGGGUUCUCGGAGAUGUCUAAAGUCUUUGUCUUUAAAGGGGAUAAAGAAGUCUCCAAGGAUCAGGUUUUGGAUCAGUUGGGGCUUUCCUCCAGGAGAGCUCCCUCUUCUGGGUUUCCCAAAGGAGCGCAAAAUGGGUUCCAGAGUGCUGCUGGUGUCAACAGGUUCUUGCUGCCUGCCUCGGAUUGUGAAUACACACUGGACUUGCUUUUGGAUGAGCUGCAAACAGACCAGUGGCCUGUUCAGCCAGGUCAUCGUCCCCAACGAUGCACUGGUGUGGCGUUGAGUGUUGCUGCUGGAUUGCUUGGAGCUUGCUUGCCUGGAACUGGGGCUAGAAUCGUUGCUUUGGUCGGAGGUCCAUGUACAGAGGGCCCUGGAACGAUUAUCUCAAAGGAUUUAUCAGAUCCUGUGCGGUCUCACAAAGAUCUAGAUAAAGAUGCUGCCCCUUACUAUAAGAAAGCUGUCAAGUUUUAUGAUAGUAUUGCAAAGCAACUGGUCGCUCAGGGUCAUGUGUUAGACCUGUUCGCUUCCGCACUUGAUCAGGUUGGGGUUGCUGAAAUGAAAGUUGCAGUUGAAAGUACCGGUGGCCUUGUUGUUCUAUCUGAAAGUUUUGGGCAUUCCGUAUUUAAAGAUUCCUUCAAACGGGUGUUUGAAGAUGGCGAGCAGUCUCUUGGCCUCUGCUCUAAUGGCACGCUUGAGAUCAAUUGCUCAAAAGAUAUCAAAAUUCAAGGGGCUAUCGGGCCUUGCUCGUCAUUAGAAAAGAAAGGUCCCAGUGUUGCCGACACAGUCAUUGGAGAGGGGAAUACCAAUGCUUGGAAGUUAUGUGGCCUCGACAAGAGUACUUGCUUGACAGUUUUCUUUGAUCUAUCCUCAACCGGGUCAAAUGCUCCUGGAACUGUAAAUCCUCAGUUUUAUUUGCAGUUUCUUACAAGUUACCAAAACCCUGAAGGUCAAACAUUGCUCAGGGUUACAACAAUAACCAGACAGUGGGUAGAUACUGCUGUGAGCACUGAGGAACUUGUGCAAGGCUUUGAUCAAGAAACUGCUGCUGUUGUCAUGGCAAGAUUAGCUUCCUUUAAAAUGGAAACCGAGGAGGGAUUUGAUGCUACUCGAUGGCUAGAUCGGACUCUCAUUCGUCUGUGUUCAAAAUUCGGUGACUAUAGAAAGGAUGACCCAACCUCUUUCACGCUGAAUCCAUAUUUUUCAUUGUUCCCUCAAUUCAUGUUUAACCUGCGGAGGUCACAGUUUGUCCAGGUCUUUAACAAUAGUCCAGAUGAAACUGCGUACUUCCGCAUGUUGCUAAACCGGGAGAAUAUUUCGAAUGCAACGGUCAUGAUCCAACCAUCGCUGACAUCAUAUACAUUCAGUUCACCGCCUCAGCCAGCUUUGCUGGAUGUGGCUUCUGUUGCAGCCGACAGAAUUCUUCUGUUAGAUGCAUAUUUUAGUGUUGUUGUCUUCCAUGGAAUGACUAUAGCACAGUGGCGAAACAUGGGUUACCAUGAGCAGCCUGAACAUGAGGCCUUUGCUCAGCUAUUGCAAGCUCCCCAAGAGGAUUCCCAGAUGAUAGUCCGGGAGCGUUUCCCUGUCCCGAGAUUAGUUGUGUGUGAUCAACAUGGAUCUCAGGCAAGGUUUUUAUUGGCAAAGCUGAAUCCAUCAGCGACUUAUAACAAUGCAAACGAGAUGUCAGCUGGGUCUGAUGUAAUCUUCACUGACGACGUGAGCCUGCAAGUCUUUUUUGAGCAUCUCCAAAAACUGGCCGUGCAAUCCUGAGAGCAGCAGUCACUGCCAUGGCAGUCCCGGUUUUCGUUUAAAUUAUACAUGUCUUCCUUACUAUCCGUUUGUACCAAUUUAGAGCACUUUUGUUUGCUUUUUUCUUAUAUCAACUCGUUUCAUUUUCUGUCAUCUUGGUCUCGCCUAAAAUACAUCUUGGAACACAAUAGCUAUUUGAAUUGGGAUUUGUCUGGAGUAAAAAGAAUGACUGUUUAUUUUAAGUUUUUUCUUUUGGGUUUUGAAGUCA